UUAAAAAUCACGAAAGAAAUCUUUGAAGAAUUCAGUGAUUUGUUUUAAUAAAAUACAUUAAUAAAAGAAAAAUAUGGUUUUAACAAAAGAAUAUAGAAUAUGUAUGCCCAUGACUGUAGAGGAGUAUCGUAUAGGGCAGUUGUAUAUGAUUGCAAGACAUAGUUUUGAGCAAUCAACCAAUGGUGAAGGUGUCGAGGUCGUAGCGAACGAACAGAUAAAUGAUGAAAAAUAUGGAUCUGGCCAGUUUACUGAAAAAAGGAUACAUUUGUCCAGUCAUUUACCUUAUUGGAUCCAAAGUUUAAUACCAAAAAUUUUUUAUGUUACUGAAAAAGCAUGGAAUUUUUAUCCAUAUACUAUAACUGAAUACACAUGUUCCUUUAUUCCAAAGUUUUCAAUAUCGAUUCAAACAAGAUAUGAAGAUAAUAAUGGUACUACAGAAAAUUGUCUUGAUUUAACACCCGAGGAAUUGGAAGGAAGAGAUGUUGAUUUUCUUGACAUAGCCUUUGAUGAGAUUAAACCACAUCAUUACAAAGAAUCUGAGGACCCUAAAUUAUUUAAGUCUGAAAAGUCAGGCAGAGGUCCUCUUGUUGAAGGUUGGCGUGAUAACCAUAAGCCUAUCAUGUGCUGUUACAAAGUAGUCCAUGCCAAAUUUGAGGUAUGGGGCUUGCAAACGAAAGUUGAAGAUUAUGUUCAAGCGGCUAUUCGAGAAAUACUUCUUUUGGGGCAUCGUCAAGCAUUCACUUGGAUGGAUGAAUGGUUCAACAUGACUAUAGAAGAUGUGAGAGCAUACGAAAGGGAUAUGCAAGCCAAAACUAACAUGAAGGUAAAAACUGCAUUAGAAGAAGCAGAAAAAAAUCAAGAUGGACAAGACAGUAAGAAGUCUUCACAGCCUCCAACACCAAAAACGCCUAAAAGUCCUUUGGGGACACCAUCUUCAGAGUCUAAGUCCUGGUUUUCCUGGUCAUAAUUUAUAUUUACCUGAAGAUAUAAUUAAUUCACUUCUCUGUAUGUGCAGGGUUUAGUUUCAUUAACACAAUGUGUUCAUCUGUUGCCUUCUUCUCAUAUCACACAACCUUUUAGAUAGUUAUUUUUUUAUAAUCACUCAUGUAACUUUUAUUAAUGACACGGAUAGCAUAUGAUAGAAAAUAAACGUACUUCAGCUGAGUUAUCAAUCAAACAGGAUAUGAUUUGAGGUUCUUUAAUAUAAUUUGAAUGCAUUAAACAAUUCUCCCUCAUUUAUUUACUGUUCUAUAGAAGGCUUGUGCAGUUUUAGUGUAAACAACAUUCUAAUAUUUCAAAAUUCUAAUAAAACUUUUAAUAUUGAAAAAAAAAAAUGGUUCAAACAACUCGACUGAAAAAUGACGAUAUUUAUAUACUUAAAAAAUGGAUUCAUUGUCAGCACAUACUCUUGUUAAUAAUUAAAUGAUUAUCGAACCAAUCCAUUACUGAUCAGAUUAAAACAAUGUAGUUAUUUAAUAAGGUCAGUGUUGUAAUGUUUGUUUGAUAUUGAGCUCAAGCUAUUAACUGUGACAAAUGUACUAAUAAUUUUUAUACUGUU